GAUUCCGAGAGAGAGCAAAACGCGUAACACAAAGCUGAGCGUAUUUUUUUGCGCUGUUGAUUAAUUAAUAUUGGUUGUGCAUUGAGUGGCGCAACAAUAAUAAACAAGAAGAACGCAUGAAAGCGCGCAACUCAGCAAAACAACUGUUGAUAAAAUUGAAGCUGCUGAAUAAAAGUGAUUUAAACAAGUUGUUGACAUUCCACGCCUGCCAUGCAACGCAACGCAGAUGAUCGCCAGCGGUUGGUGGACCAUGAGGAGGAGCCAGCAAACGAUGAGCCCAUGCUUAGCGGGGAUGGUGAUGAAGGAGGUGGCGGAGGAGCUGCCUUUGUGCCCGCCUUCUCGCCACACAGAGAUGAGUAUAACAUCGAUGAUGAGCGCUGCCUGCUGGAGCGGGAGCAUGAUGAAGUGGUGCUAAUGAGCACUGCUCCCAGCUCGGGCUCGGCUCUGACCUACUGCGUGUUCUAUCUGCUGGGUAUUGGCACCAUGACGCCAUGGAAUUUCUUUGUGACCGCAGAGGAUUAUUGGAAGUACAAGUUCCGCAACACAACAUCGAAUAACACCUUCGAUGUGGAUGAGCUGACGCCUCUACAGAAGAGUUUCACCUGCGAUCUAACCUUGACUGCCACCAUCUCGGGCACCACAUUCCUAUUGCUCAACGCCGUCUAUGGUCAUCAUGUCACACUGCGGGCCAAGAUGCUGGGCACGCUCUGCACCAUCUUGGUGCUGUUUGGCAUCACGACGGGAUUCGUUGAGGUCAACACAGACAAGUGGCAGGAACAAUUCUUUCUCAUCACACUCAUCAUUGUCGUUGUACUAAAUUGUUCUGCGGCCACAAUGUCGGGAGCUUUGUACGGCGUCGCUGGACUGUUUCCCUCGGAGUACAUGACAGCUGUGGUCAGUGGACAGGCUUUGGGCGGUAUUCUAACUGCCUUGGCCUUCAUCCUCGUGCUGGCCUUUGAUGCUGGUCCCUCGGCAACGGCAUUUGUGUUCUUUUGCAUGGGCGCAGUGCUGAUCUUCUUCUGCAUCGUCAGCUACAUUGCAAUGAGCAGACAGGCGUACUUCAAGUACUAUCUGGAGGGCGGAGAUAAGUACAAAGUGAUUAGUGCGCAGCCAUCGCACAGUCGCAACGAGGUGGCAGAGACGGGCGUGCCUCUCGAGCCAAUACUGCGGCAAGUGAUGAGCAAGAUCUACAUUCAUGUUGUGUGUCUGGCUCUGCUCUAUGCAACGACGCUUUCGGUUUAUCCGGCGGUGACGAUACUCAUGCAGUCGGAGUACUCAGCCAACCACACAGAGUGGAGCGAUGUCUACUAUCUGCCUGUGGUGAACUACUUGUUCUUCAAUUGUGGCGACUACUUUGGCCGUUUGAUCGCUGGAUUCUUGGAGCGUCCGACGAAUCAACACACAACGCUUCUCCUCACCGUGGUGCGCAUCAUCCUGGUUCCGUGCUUCCUGCUUUCGAACAGCAGUGAGCAUCACUUUCUGCCCAUUCUGGUGCAGCACGAUUACACGUUCAUUACCAUGAUCAUUGUGUUUGCCCUGUCCAACGGUUAUCUGACGAAUAUCCUGCUCAUCAUGGCGCCACGGAGCGUGGAGCAGCACGAGAAGGAGUUGGCCUCAUCCAUAAUGGCCGCCUCCUUGAGUGUGGGCAUGGCCAUUGGCUCGGUAUUGAGUCUGGCAUUCGUGCAGAUGUUGUGAUUGUUUUAAUAAUGUCUCAAAAAAGGUGCCUUAGAUAGAUUUCAUGUUUUACAACUUGACAUAGCUGAAUGAAUUUUGUAUGUGUUAUUUUAAUUAAUUGUAAUGCUCAAGUUUGCCAAUGUCUGCAAAGCUUGCGACAUAUCAAAAGUGAAAUUAUUUAUGUGUCCAGCGUUCUGUACGUUAAUGUCUUACCUGUAAGUUAAUACGUUUUUAUACACUCGAACAAGAUAAUCAAAAAUAAAUGUAAGCUU